UUUGCCCAUCCUUUACCUCCACUUUCAUCAUCUCUCUCGUCUCUCGGAAGACAGAAAAGAGUUUUAAGAGAGAGAGAGAGAGUGAGAAAGGUACUUUUGUAUCAAAGUCUCUGUGCUUGCGAGAUGGGAAACUGUGCAACCAAGCAAAAGGUUCUCAAAGAUACCGAGGAAGAUCUGUUUCCGGUUGAGCGAGACACGACGGCUCCUACUGAUCAUAACAAGUUCCCGGUGGAAAAGAGCGUCAGCAAUGCUCCGAGUGCGGCGGAUGAAGCAGAGGCUGUGGCGGCACGACGGUGUGAGAAAGGGAAAGAGAUUCUCAUUGAAGACGAUGUGGAGGAAGAAGAACACAGCAAACGUCAAUCUCUGAUCAGUCUCUUGUUUCAUGAGGACAAGGCAAUAGAAAAGGAAAUAACCAAUCUAUCUCGUAACAAAAGCGGCACUUCUUCAGAAGCUUCAAAGUUUGAUACUUCUGCUUCUAAUGUAAAAGCUCCAGUAACAUUUGACGUUCUGACUCGAAAUGAUCUUGAAGUUAAGAUUCCAAAAGAUUCCGAGGUAAAGACUCCUGAAAAGCCUAAAGCUAAGGAAGCUGAAGACCAAGAAGUUAAUUUUUCAGAGAAUUGGGAAGUUAAGUUUCCAGAGGAGUUGGAACCUACGAAAACAUCUGAAGUUGUCAAGGUUGCACAAGAGUCGAAACUUCCACAAGUUACAAAAGAGCCAGAUGUUCCUGAGGUCUUGAAAGAUAAGAAUGUUGUGGAUGUUUCAGAGGUUCUUUCUCCUCCUGAAUUGUCUCAAAUCAAGGUUACAAAAGAGUCAGGUGUUCUUGAGGUCUUGGAGGAUAAAAAUGUUACCGAAGUUCCUAAAGUCAUAACUGAUGAUAAAGUUGAAGCUGCAGAAUCAGAACUUGUAAAGGUUUCAGAGGUUUCAACUUCAGAGGAUUUAGAUAUUGAAGUCAAAACUCCUGAGACACUGAGCGUUGGAUCAGAGAGUAAGACUACAGAAGAAACAAAGGUUUCAGAGUUUGUGGAUGCUAGAGAGAAGAUUGAUCACUACAAGAAACAUAGAGAAUAGCCACUAAUUUUUUUGUAGCUAUAGCUUAAUUUUUGUGGCUAUUUCACUGGUAGCUAUAAAUAGCUACAAAAAAAAUUUGUUGACUAUCGGCUUGUGGAUAAUUGAAAAUUGUGGCUAAUUGUAGAUGUGUUUCCGCAACUCGGCCACAAACGAUAUUUGCGGCUAUUUUCCACAAGUAGCGCCAAACAGAUUUCGUGGAUGUUUUGCCACAAAAAGCCACGCUAUUAACCAUAGCAAAUUUUCUACUAAUAGCCACACUCAUAAUUGUGGAAUAUAAGAUACAAAUAGCCACAAUCAAAUUGUAGCUCCAUUAGCCACAACAUAGUCGCACAGUAAGUUGUUGCUAUUUUUCUAUAAAUAGCCACAGACUUAAUUGUAGAUUUCAGUAUGCAAAUAGCCACAAUUAAAUUUUGUAGUUGUAGUUUCAUAAUUUUAAAAGCUUUAUUUAUCAUAUUUUAUAUUAUUUAAUUUUUAAUUGUAUUCUAUUAAGUUUUUUUGAACCAAUUUUAAAACCAAUAAUUAAUUACAGAAGUACAAACAUAAUUAGCUAAAUCAUUCAAAAUAUCAUUACAAUUUCAAUUUAUAGAAAACAUCUAAUGAUGUUACAAAAGACUUCUAAGGAUGUUAGAGAUUAAUAUUGCACAAGGAAACACAAUACAC